CGCACUGCUUUCGGGGCGUCAGCCUGGUGGUCCUCACAGAGGUUGGCGGCCGGGAGACACAAGGGGCCCCCCCGCGGAAGUGGGAGCGAUGGCAGCGCCCAGACAGCCCUAGAAAGUGGGUCUCUGAGCACCCCGGGAGCACACGGCCAUGGCCCCGCCCAGGCCCAGCCAAGCCACGCCCUCCCCAGGCCCCGCCCCUAGCCUUAGGUCCUGUGGCCGCUGGUUCGCACCCCACUUGUCAGCCCUGCCUGCUGUGCCUUUGGAUCGAACGCUUUCAGCGCAGCCGUCGCUCGCCCGCCCGCCCGCCGUCGGACCAAGCCGCCUGCACGCUCGUGUUCUCCCUGCGGUCCGGACACAUAGUAUGAACUUUAGGUGUUUCGUCUCCCAGCCAUUUUCUAUGGAAAAUCAAGGGAAUCGGGCCAUGAUAGCCACUGGCAACUUUGAAGAACGGGACACCUUUAGAGAAGCUUGAUCUUAAGGCCUCAGCGUGAGACCUCAAAGACCUCAAAGCCCCACACCGGAUUCCGGCAGAGUUCCUCUAUCUCGUCUUGCUGAUUGAAGGAUCCCCCUUCUCCAAGUUUUCUCCAUCUUCUGGGAGGUAUCAGGGAAUCUGAACCAUGGUUGGUUUCAAGGCCACAGAUAUGCCUCCUACUGCCACUGUGAAGUUCCUGGGGGCUGGGACAGCCGCCUGCAUCGCAGAUCUCAUCACCUUUCCUCUGGACACAGCCAAAGUCCGCCUGCAGAUCCAAGGAGAAAGUCAAGGGCCAGUGCGCACUGCAGCCAGCGCCCAGUACCGUGGUGUGUUGGGCACCAUCUUGACCAUGGUACGCACUGAGGGUCCACGCAGCCUCUAUAACGGACUGGUGGCUGGCCUGCAGCGCCAAAUGAGCUUUGCCUCUGUCCGUAUUGGCCUCUAUGACUCCGUAAAGCAGUUCUACACCAAGGGCUCUGAGCAUGCUGGCAUUGGGAGCCGCCUCCUGGCAGGUAGCACCACAGGUGCCCUGGCUGUGGCUGUGGCCCAGCCCACGGAUGUGGUAAAGGUCCGAUUCCAAGCUCAGGUCCGGGCUGGCAGUGGUCGGAGAUACCAAAGUACUGUGGAAGCCUACAAGACCAUUGCACACGAAGAAGGGUUCCGGGGCCUCUGGAAAGGGACCUCUCCCAAUGUUGCCCGCAAUGCCAUUGUCAACUGUGCUGAGCUGGUGACCUAUGACCUCAUCAAGGAUGCGCUCUUGAAGGCCAACCUCAUGACAGAUGACCUCCCUUGCCACUUCACUUCCGCCUUUGGGGCGGGCUUCUGCACCACGGUCAUUGCCUCCCCCGUCGAUGUGGUCAAGACGAGAUAUAUGAACUCUGCCUUGGGCCAGUACCACAGUGCAGGCCACUGUGCUCUUACCAUGCUCCGGAAGGAGGGGCUCCGAGCCUUCUACAAAGGGUUCAUGCCCUCCUUCCUCCGCUUGGGGUCCUGGAAUGUAGUGAUGUUCGUCACCUAUGAGCAGCUCAAACGGGCCCUGAUGGCUGCCUAUGCAUCCCGGGAAGCGCCCUUUUGAGCCUCUCCUGCUGCUGACCUGGAUGCCUUAAGGGGGCUCUGGCUUCCUGUCUGCUGGGUCCAACUUCCCUUCCUUCUUCCCUCCUCUUGCCCUACCUUUCCCUCUUUCCCUUCCUUGACACCACCUCUUCCCACUCCCUCCUUCCCCCCCACCACCUUCCCACCUAGUCUUCCCUCGCCUCUGCCUCAGUCCCUAACGACUCUGCCCAAAUCUUUGUCCUGACCCCGAGCCCAGCCAGCCUUCACCCAUAAAGCAAGCUCAACCUUGGUG